AUGACAGACAGCCUGCGUGGGGCGCAUCGCCCGCGCUCUCGCCAGCUGGCCAUCCCGAGCGAGUUGCAUGACACAAUUUGCAGCCCUCGACCAAACUCCAGAGGUCGCGGCGCAUCUGCAACGGCAUCGCCAUCCAUCCCAUGCACGCCACUUCAGCGGCUGGACGUCAACAAAGACAUGGCCAGCCCCCGCAGUGCCAAGCGGAAGCACGCGGGAUCCAGCGCAAGCCGUGAUCCCAGCGUGGAUUGCGAACAGGCCGCAAAGAAAGAGAAGGAGGAGGAUGGCACUGCAAAGCCAAAAGCAUCACCAGCACCUGUUGCAUCAUCAUCAUCAUCAUCUUCAUCUCGAGACGCUUCCGUCUCCAGAACAGCGUCCAGAUCAACAGCUAGAUCAACAUCCAGAUCAGCAUCUUCCUCCUCUGCCUCAUCAUCAUCUUCCACCUCCACGGCCGCGGCCGCUUCUUCCACUUCAACGUCGCUUGCUGAGCGCAAGCGGACGGCUUCGCGCAGCACCUCCGUGAGCGAUUUCCACGGUCCACGCGAGCGCACAAACUCCGUGACGCGUCGCAUGAAGGGCAUGUACCGCAGCGUGAGCCAGCGUGCACGCCAGCGGGUUGCGCGCCACAAGCAGACGCCGUCGCGGCACUACUUUGGCGAGCCAGAGCGGUGCAGGGCAGACUUUGCGCCCUGGGCUUCGGGCGUGUCGGAGGCAGAGCGGAAGGACGUCCCACGGCGAGAACAGGCGCGCAGAGAGGCGAUUCACGAGCUGUGCCACCGCGAGCAGUCGUUCCUCGCCCACAUCUCGGAGACGCUGAAUGUGUACGCGGGACCGAUGCUCAAGUUCAAGGCCAUAUCCGAAGCACAGCAGCAGCUCAUCUUCUUCCGUCUCACGGAAAUCCGAGACCUCCACCAGGAGCUGUAUGUGCAGCUGAACAGUGCCAUUGAUGAGAAUGGUGUUGGUGAUGUUGGCAACAUUGUCGCAGAAUGGAUUCCAAAGGUGACAGACGUGUACAGCGACUACCUGAGCAACCAGGCCAAGGCAAAAGGGCUCUUGGAGACACUGCGCAAGGAGAGCCGCGUCUUUCUCGAGUUUGUCGAGACAGGCCGCGACUUGUCGCAUCUGCACCGCAUGGAUCUGUCCUCGCUCCUUGAUCUUCCACGCCACAAACUCACAUCGUACCAGCUCCUCCUCGGCAGAAUCCUCAAGUACACGCCUGCUGAGAGCGAGGAGCAUGCUGCGCUGGACAAUGCAAUUCGCACAUGUGUGUCUGUCGUGCAAGGAGUGGACAUGAGAAUCAAGCUGGCGGCGCUGCAGUCGCUGCUCGACUCGAAGCACAAACUCGACAAAAACGCGACGGUGCUGUUUGAGCGCAAGGCGCACUUUAAGGAUGACAAGGAAGCGGCUGUGUAUGUGCUGCCCACAAUGGUGAUUGUCACCAAGAUGAAGAAAGGCAAGGAGGCACUGCACGGCAAGAAUCUGGACAUGACUGGCGGGCGAUCAAAGGGCAUUUCACGCAGCGGUUCGUUCCGCCUCAGCCGGCGCGGCAGCGUGUUUAGCCGUUCCAGUUUUGUCAUCAAGUUCCGGGUGCCCGAGGACAAGCAUGCGUUCAUCACGACGGUGCACACGACCCAAGAAGCCGCACCAAGGCCCCCGUCGUCAUCGUCGUCAGCGCGAGCAAGCAUGAGGAGGAAGUGA